GCCUCUCUCACACAGCCUCGCUCACAGUGCUGGACUGAACGAGCCCGUGAGACUACCGCCGAGGACUGAGGGGAGCUGAGAGCAGCUCUGCAGCUCAUGUGCUGCUGGUUUCUAUCUUUAUCCCUCUUAUAAUUGGGACGCUGAGGAGAAAUAAAUAGCUCAACACACACUGUUGGGAGGCAAAUGAAUGGAGCACGCUGACGGGGGGGUUUCCCCAGGCUGUUUUCACACCAAUGGAUCUGGACACAAGUUUUGAACUGGCCAAAUUGCAUUUGGCCGAGUAUUUUUUUUGAAUGGUUGGUAAAUUAAUUUUUGUAACAAGAUCAUCUCUAAAGAGCGUGCCGACUGAGCUUCUAGUGGAUUUUCACUGUACCAAUUUACAUCAUAUCUUUGGCUUAAGGAUGUGUUCUAUAGUCCUGCUUCAUCAGUGGAGUCUGGCUGUGUUCUUGCUGUUCUCCCCAGUGACUCUUGAUGGGAGACCAGUUGAUGCACUUAGUAUCAGAACGAGGAGAUCGGUGAGUCACGCCCAGCUGAUGCAUGACAAGGGCCGAUCCUUGCAGGAGUUCAAGCGUCGCAUGUGGCUGCAGGAGCUGCUGGAGGAGGUGCAUACGGCCGAUGAGCAAGCACCACCUGUGCAAAGUAGAACUCCAAUUCAAACCUUCAGUGGGAAUGCUCUACACCAAAAGCCCCCAGGGGCCACCAAAAACCUGCCUGACAGAUUCAGGCUGGACAAAGAGGGCACAAACUUGCCCCAGGAGACCAACAAGGAACUGGCUUAUAAGGACCAGCCACUAAAAGGGGCCACAAAGCGGAAAAAGAAGGUGAGGUUAGGCCGGCGCAGGGAGAAUGACAAGAGGCGGAGGCGGGCACGGUCUACCACAAUCACAACAAAGGAACCAUGAAGGAUGCAGUAACUUGGUUCAGAGACUCCUAAUAGCCUUUAUAUGGUACUGCACUAAGAUACUGACACUACUCCAGCUGGACUGAGGUCUGACAGACUGGAACCACAGCGGACUCAGUCACAGUCAUAUAAGAAGCCCGGGGCUGUGCUUGUAUGAUAAUAUUUGCUAUCUGUGUACCAUUUUAAAGCAAUCUCAUCCCAUACAUCCUGGAGUUUCAUCGUAACAUCUUCUUAGGUCCGUAUUUAUUUGGAUAAUUUUCACGCCUCUUUAGCCCUGACUAAAUUCAAAACAAAGCACACAGUAUGUUAUAAUCUCUCAACAGUGUGCACAGGUAGAGCAUAGAAGGAAGUAUUUAUUGCCUGAAUAUAAUGUUUCUUCAAACAUCUGGAUGGUGAGUGGUUUACUUUAGUUCGGCUCCGUUGACUAUCAUGGACUUACAGUUACAAACUGUUCAUUUCAUACAUCUGUUUUAACUGUGCUGACAUAAUUUAUUUCACUUUGAAAGUGUGUAUUUAUUUGUGAAUGUAUCAUGGUGCUGCUGACGAAAUUCCAUAAUGCACUUUAGUUAUAUCCUGUAAAUGUUCUUUUGUGGUUGCGUUUUAUUUAGAUGUUUCUGUUUUGAUGGACGUGCUUUCCUCUCCCUCCUUAAAUCCCUCAUGGACUUGUAACUUAUUGGAUGCUUCAUCAGACUCAUUCUCAUCAUUCUGCAUCAUAGGUUAUAUUUUUAUAGAAUAAGCCCCAGUCAGGGACCGUCAGAUCCAUUUUAUGUUCUUCAC